AUGAGUCAACAAACAAGGCCAACUGCGGCAGAAGAGCCAUUCAUUCUCAAACUUCCUCACCCAUAUCUUACCGCAUACGCAAUCGUCAACGACGCUCCCAAAGGAAACCCUACCAACAAUAAGAUCCGUAUUUCUUCGGCAAAUACAACUGGCAAGGAGGUCACUCCACCAGUUGUAUUGCACAACGAAGAUGUCUCGUUCAGUGAUAUCGGUUCACCGAGUCAAGACAGUGUGCCACCAAAGGGCGACAAUAGCUCUUGGGCGCGCGCUCGACGAUCGCCCCAUGUAACUAUUACCUGGAACCAGGAUAGACCUACAGUUCCGCAGGUCUGGCUCAUCGCUUAUGCGUUGGUGUCACUGCAUCCUCUGGUAGAGAAUUUCCGCGUUAUUCUUUCCGGCAAGGAUUCCAAGUCACUAGCUCAUGAGUUGUAUGUCACUGGCCUCUUCCACCCCCAUCCUAAACCCUCUCGAGCAGAAGCACCUCAAGACGGCCAUCUUCUCUUCCGAGGCACAUUCUGGCAGGGUGCUGCAUCUCCGUUCGGAGCCCGCCCGGUGUGGGCACCACACCUCGAUGCCUCGGGCAAGCCAGCCAGCAGACAGUACCCUCCUUUUCCAUUCCAGAAUGCACCAAGUACUCAAUUUCCAGCUUUGCCCCGACACACGAUGCAUCCUGUUCGGGAGCCUAAGCCCGAGCCAGGGUCCAUCAUCUAUAGCCGAUGGAUACCCCAUCUGAAGGAACACUUCACCAUGGUGGCUCUGGACUACACCAACGAUGAGCAUCUCCGCUUAUUCAACAAGUGGCAGAAUGACCCACGUGUGGCUGCUGGCUGGAAUGAGACUGGUACUCUUGAUCAACACCGCGAAUAUCUCCGCAAACUGCACGAGGACCCCCACGUGCUCACCAUGUUUGCUGCGUUUGACGAUAUUCUCUUUGCUUAUUUUGAAGUCUAUUGGGCAAUGGAGGACCAUAUGGGCGCCCACUAUCAGUCGUCGCCCUACGAUCGGGGAAGGCACUCCUUGGUAGGGGACGUGAGAUUCAGAGGCCCGUACCGUGUCUCUGCAUGGUGGUCGGGUCUAAUGCACUACAUGUUCCUUGAUGAGCCGCGUACAUGGAACCUAGUGGGAGAGCCUGCAGCAACAAGCAGGACUGUCCUGGCUUAUGAUUUUGCCCAUGGUUUCCACGUCGAAAAGCUUAUGGAUCUCCCGCAUAAGAGGAGUGCGCUUAUGAUGGUUAACAGGGAGAAGUUCUUCACUCUGAGCCCAUUCACAUGGAAUGGCGAGAAGAAGAUCCGGCCAAGUCUCGAUGCAGGUGCCAAAUUGUAA